GCUUGCGUGCUCACUUUACCGGCGUCUGUAGCGACUCAUGAGAGUGAACCUCACACACAGCUGAACGUUUUUGCUCCAGCAGCGGUUAAAGGCGACAAACGUGUCGGUCAAUCGGGUCGAAAUGUUGACUUUAGGCGGGUUGUCGGUGGCUCUCGCGCUCGCUCUGGUUCCCGGUUCCUCUGAAGCCCUGAAGGAAGGAGAGUGUGAAGUGUGUAUGACCUUCCUCGGGAAGUUCUACCAGUCACUACAGGACAACAACGUAAACUUCAACAGCGGAGACAUCGAGAAAUUCCUCAUAAAGAGCUGCAAAGAUGCUAAAAGCAAAGAAAACCGCUUUUGUUACUACAUCGGGGCAACAAGUGACGCAGCCACCAAGAUGAUCAACGAGGUGACCAAACCUCUCAGCUACCACGUCCCAGUGGAAAAGAUCUGUGAGAAACUGAAGAAGAAGGACAGUCAGAUCUGUGAACUGAAAUACGACAAACAGCUGGACCUGACCACAGUCGACCUGAAAAAGCUUAAAGUAAAGGACCUGAAGAAGAUUCUGGAGGAGUGGGGCGAGUCCUGCAAAGGCUGUGCCGAAAAGACCGACUUCAUCCGCAAAAUCACAGAGCUCAUGCCCAAGUACGCUCCUGCGGCUGCCAAAGCACGGACAGAACUGUAAUGAGGAACAAAAACACAUUCACACAGCUUUGGACUUGACUUGGACCAGACUGCUAUCCAGUGAGGAGGAGGAGGAAGAGGAGGAGGGGGACCAGGAGAGGAGGAGGGGGGACCAGGAGAGGAGGAGGGGAGUUUUGUCUGACAUGUUUGUCUCAGUCUUUUGGGUUUUGGGCGGUGUUCACUCAUCUGGUAACGCUACACUGAUUCAGAAGUAUAGAUAUUGGUGUGUACACGUGAGGCCACAGCCUGUGCUAUACUUUGAAAUUAAGUGUAAGGAGACUGAACAGUGUUUGCAACAGUCGUCAGAUUUAAGGUUGGAGGAAUUCAUACAACAGGAGCACUGAUUAAUGGGAACGGGUUUUCUGCUUACACAGUACGCUGGCUUAAAACGUGACUGAUUCUCCAACAGGGUCAGUACACACACAUUGAUAGUUGUUAGUGGAAUCAAGUCAUAGAGCAGUGAGCAGCUGUGCCGGAGCAGUUGGAGGUUUAAGUGGCAGCUUGAGCAUGUUUAUUAGUCACUGUACAGUUUCCACCCCUUUUUCAGCCUCUGCCGACACCACCCGACAAGAUCUUGAUGCCGAGUUAAGACUGUAUAAAAGACGUGGACGUAGCCUCUGGGUCUGUAAAGUGAAGCAGAAGUGCCUUAAACCUGCAGACACUCUAAUGGCCAGCAGGGGGCGACUCCAGUCCAAUUGUAUAGACGUCUAUGAGAAAAGGCGCCUACGCCUCACCUGUUUGUUACCUCAGUAAACAUUUUCCCAAAGAGUUUAUGGUCUCAAUUACUAGUUCCAAGCCUUCUUCAACACAGCUUGAUGUUCGUUUUAUAAAUUAUGGUCCCACGUAGAGUCAAAUGGACGAUAACGCUGGGCUGUGCUUCAGGGCAUGGCUCACCUGUGAUUGACAAGUGACUACCAUGGUGAGUCAAUCAGGAUAGAGCUGUUACAAUAAUUUUCUUCCCCGGUUUCACCCUCUCGUCCAAAUAAGGCGCCCGGGAACGCUGCUCAGCCUUGCUUCUAUUUUCCCCCAGUGGCCACUCGUGGUAUUGCAGCAAGAAAAUCCCCUGCAGCCUUUAGGCCACCGUUGUAAAAGAGCCGUCUGUAAAACCAUCGACAGGAUGCCUUGAACUGCAAAAUAGAUCAAUUAUGACUCUUUUUAUUAUACAUUUUUCAUCCAUGGAGGUUUUAUAUUUUUAAAACUUUCCCCCAGGCAAAAAUUUAUGAUGUCAUCACAGUGCAGAGUCUGUGGGCAGAGUGGGAACUCGUGGGCGGAGCAGGCGGGAGAAACACUACUGCGCAUAUUCAGUGGGCUGUAAAACAAGAAGCUAGAAACCUUUGGCAUAUACGCCAUGGAUGUACCUGGAUACAGCGUUGGCGGCAGGCCCUCGUUCAUUCCUGUAAAAGUUGCUCAGUGGUGCAUGAAGCCAAAAAUCUCUGAACCAGAUGACCGGCGCUACUUCUGCAUCACUGGGCAUAUACAACUUGCGCACUAAAGACUUUCACAGCUACUUCUGGUUUAGUGCUACGCUAACUUGAUUAAUCUUGUGGCUCUUCUAGACCUCCAAAAUGGAUCAAAUGAAAGUGUAACAAGCCACUUCACAGGGGUUGUGAGGCUUUAAAAAAAAAAGGAUCUAUCAAUUUACAGACGUCUCUUUUCCAAUGUAGGGCUAAGAGGAAAAGUCGUUCAGGGACCAAUGACAUCACGUGACGAACUCAGGAGCACCAUUACACUUCCUGGGGGGCCUAAUAUACGCAAGCAAUUCUCACUGGACUGAAUAGGCUCCAUCUUUAGGUCCAGCAUCCAGUUCUAGUAAUACAUCCAUGGUCCAAAUAUGGUCACUUCUGGCCUAAAAAAGAAAAACAAAGAUGGUGAUGGCCAAAAGGCUUCAAAAGGGUGACGUCACAGUGGCUACGUCCGCUUGUUUUAUACAGUCUGAGAUGCUUUUUGGAAAGUUGUCAUGUUUUAAAGAAUGUGUUUCAUUUCCGCCGACUUUUCCCUGAUUUCCAUGCCAUCCUGUCGAGGAGGAUGAGGAACACUGAUGUUGAUGAACCCCAUACUGAUGCUUAAAGGGAAGCCCGUCUUAAAACAAACGGACACACUGUACUGUUAAGAGAAUAAUCUGUGGCUGUGACUCCUCCUGUUGAUUCGGCUCCUCGAGGAGUCUGAUGUGAUCAACACUCACAGUCCUGCUCUGUGCAAAAUCUAAUUUAAAGUUUAUCUGGGGUGAAUUUGAAGCUUCAGCUAAACUUAAGAACAUAAAAUGACAUAAAAUGAGAGCUGUGUAUUUUGUCCCCAGUGUGAACAGGAGGAUUACAGCAACCAACAACAGUUGCGGUGUACUUACAGGCAUGUGAGUGUUGUGCUAAGAUAGACUUGGAAAGAAGAGUGAACCUGUCCUUUAAGGCCCAUGACCACUCUACUGUAGAGACAUCCAGAUCUGCAGCACUCUCCCUUUUUAACCUCCAACUUAGUCUUUUUUUAAUUUUCAGUUGACGUCACCUGUAUUCCAACAAAUUGUGCCAUUGUUUUGUUUUGUUUUUGUUUUUUUUAAAAUAAACUUGUUUUCUAUGUUUCAUUCAUGACAGCAGCACCACGUGGCCUCGCCAGUAAUCCACAUUUUUAUGGAAAUGAUUCAACAAAUAACACGUGAGGCGCAACAUAACAAGUGUUUGUGUCAGUGGUUUAUUAGGAGGGACGGCACGGAGUAUGGGUGACAUAUGUUAAAGUACAUUUAGCUAGUCUUUGACACGUGACG